CGAGGGCCCUGCGUCAUCACUGAAUACCAGGCCUUCAGGGAGAACGUGCUCAAGAACCUGGAUGACAAGGCUUUUGACAAGCCCAUCUGCGAAGCGCUCUUAAACCAAAAAUUUUUCAAUGGAAUUGGGAAUUACCUCCGUGCUGAGAUCCUGUACAGGUUGAAGAUCCCUCCCUUUGAAAAGGCUCGGACCGUGCUGGAGGCCCUGAAGGACGAGGAUCAGGCAAGGAAGAAGAAUCCUUCCCUGACGCUGAGCAAGAAGCUGAAGCUGAUGCGGGAGAACCCGGAUCUCCUGGAGCUGUGCCACACUGUGCCCAUGGAGGUCAUUGCAGCGGGGCAGACACCCCGCAAGAAGCGUACUCGGCUGAAGGCAGAUCCCGAGGCGCUGACCCCCAAGGUGCAGCUGCUGCUGUGGUUGCAGCAGAGCCCGUGCAGGGACAGCCUGUCCCACAAUGUCACCCUCGCUUCAGCUACCUAG